AUGCCCCAAGAGCCUAAAGCAAAGAAAAAACGGGUUCCCAUCACCGCUUUAACAAAGCAAGAGAUUUGCAUUAAGAAAAGAGACAACGGAAAACUCAGGGACGAGGACCUCGCUAGAGAGUAUGGCUUGGAUAGAAGCACUAUAACCAAGAUCCUCAAGCAGCGCGAAAGAUGGUUAUCGAUAGACCCUGCCUCAAACCACGCGAGGCAAAAGACGCAAAAGUCCCCUAAAUUUCCACAGAUAGAGACCGCCCUAGCCGACUGGUUGGCCAUGACCGCUACGAAUGGAGAGGCCGUCAGUGACGCUCAACUGCAAACAAAGGCGUUGGAAUUUGCGCAAAUGUAUGGCAUUAGAAACGAGUUUCAAGCGUCCAAUGGAUGGAUAUCAAAGUUCAAAACGAGGCAUCAACCAAGAAAUAAUGAUAAUACCACCACCAAUGAGGUUUCCUUGUCAGUCAGUCAGCCGCAGACUAUGCCUGGCACGUCCGUUCUUUCCUCCUCCGAACAUCAACCCUAUAUCAAUUUGACACCAACCACCAGCUACACCACCUCACAACCUUCAAGAACUAAUGGGGCAACAACAAUCUCGAUGGGACCCCCGUCAGGCUCACCCUUCAUCCCUUACACUGGCACGUCCUCAAGUACUUUGGGGACUCCGUUCACUCCUUCACGCAUGUUUACUAUUGAUGCCAUGUCACAUUUUUCACUGGAUAACACAGCGUAUCAGAACAACACGAGUCUAAACCAAUGUUUGACCAAAUCGCGUAACCUUUUCCGGUCAGUACACCAGCAUAGGCAAAAGAAGAAUCUUGCAAUUAUUUCUGUUGGUGUUUGUUUCCGACAAGGGUAUCCUGAAGUAUCGCCUCACAACACACAUUUCUCAUUGUGGAAGCAAUUCGGCAGGCUCAUUGAAGGAACUAAAGGGGCCGAGUUUAUUGACGGAUUAGUACCUCACGAGGGCGAUAUCGUUAUUAAGUCUUUUAUUCCAACCCCUAUAUUCAACAUGCAGAAACGCCGCAUUGAUGCCUUCUACAAUACAGAACUGAAAAUGGUCCUUGAAUCACGUAAUAUCCGUCAAGUUGUACUUUCAGGAAUCGACACUGGCGGGGUAGUUCUAGCAACCAUACAAUCUGCUGCUGAUAGGGACUUUAAAGUCGUCGUUGUACGCGAUUGCUGCUUCGAUGCUAGCGAAUCAGUACAAAAUACGCUGAUGGAAGAGGUCUUACCGAAAUAUGGUGUUGUGGUUGUUAAUUUGGAGACUAUUAUGGCGAUGCUGAGAGUUUAG